AUGGGCAGAUGUUCUUGGAGGAUCAAUAUCAAAAGAGAAUCUAGAGCCAAAUCAACAAACGCACAGAGAAGAACUGAUGCUGCCGUCGGAAAAAUAACCGCCGCUGAGAGUCAAGCCUUUCGUGCUAGUGAAAUUCUGGAGAAGAAGAAAAAUGAAUUCGAGAAGCAAUGUCUUGAGAAUGAAGCAGCUCUUCAUGAGGCAGAGACUCUUCUCCGUAGUCUUGAAAGCUAUCUACCACGUAUCAACAAACAUGUCUGUAUUGUUUCCAGUGCUCCGGGAGAUGCUCUUUGUGGAGGUCCAAGAUCCUGUGGUUUCUAUGGUGGACAAUCGUGUAUGAUGGAGCUGUAA